UUAGCCAGAAUUUUUAAACAUCAUUGGAGAGUAAUUUUCACUUUGAAUUAUAUGCAGGCUGAAAAACUUAAAGCAUCUGAAAAUAUUUUAUAGAGGUGAAAUGGAUAGCAUUAUCUUUAGUGAAAAUACCAAGAGAGGACCUUCAGUGCAUGUACAACGAAGGAUGAAUGUUUUGAAUCAAGUUUUAAUGGAACGUAUCACAGAUUUCAUGUCUACUGGGGAAUUAGAUCAUAGACUUGAAGAUAAAUGCAUUGAGAUCAGUCAUGUAAAAAUAACACAGGAUUUUAAAGUUAUUAAUAUAUAUUGGAUAGAUAAUAGUAUUGACAUGUCUGACACAGAGAAAAUAUUAGAUACGUGUGCAUAUCGUUUGAGAUAUGAAUUAUGUCAGCUUCGCAUAAUGGGUAAUUUACCUCCAAUUAAGUUUGUGAAGUGUAAACACAUGGAUAGAGCACGAGAAGUGGAAAGAAAACUAGCAAUCGCGGAUUAUGGAGAAGAUUAUAAACCUACCUUGUACCCAUAUGCUGUAAAUCAUAUUGUUUCAAGUAAAAGUUCCACUGAUAAUGAUACAGAAAUCACAGACUGUAUUAAUGACACUUUUUCUAUAACUCUGCCAGUAAUGAGUCACGAUGUAUUUGAUUUAAAUCAUCAUCGAAUAAUGUCAAAGAUCAAGGCUUCACUAACUCAAUCAAGACAAUCACAUAAACAACAAGCAACUAAUAUGCAAUACACCCAAAAAGCUGUUCCGGACUUCUUAACUACAAAAGAACAGGAAGAACAGUUUUCUCAGUUUUUGAAGAAAAAGCAACAUGACAGAAGGCUAAAACGUAAGGAGAAACGAUCGAUGAACGUUAUUCAUCAACUUAUUGAAGAAAACGAAAAUGAUCUUGAUACAAUUAGUGAUGAUGAUCAUGUUACUGAUGAUGAUUAUGUUACUGAUGACAAUUACGUUAUUGAUGAUGAUCAUGUUACUAAUGAUGAUGAAUAUACAGAUAGAUAAUAAAUAGAUUCUUAUCAUUAAUGUUAAUGCAAAAAGUUAUGUAAAAUAAUUAAAUAUAUAUGCAUGUCAAGACCAAAACGUUAACAA